AUGCCGAACUACCCAACGCCUCUUCGCUUCCCUGCUACGGGCCGCCACACGGCAACCGUCAUUUUUGUCCACGGACUCGGGGACAGUGGUCACGGCUGGGCACCGGCCGUCGAGAACUGGAGGCGGCGCCAGAAGCUUGACGAGGUCAAGUUCAUACUGCCUCACGCCCCGACCAUCCCCAUCACGUGCAAUAUGGGAAUGAGGAUGCCGGGCUGGUACGACAUAAAAAGGAUUGAUGGCUCGCCUCAGUCCCUCCGCGAGGACGAAGAUGAAGAAGGUGUUCUGCGCAGCCAAAAGUACUUUCAUGACUUGAUCCAGCAAGAAAUCGACGCGGGGAUCCCAUCGGAGCGCAUCGUCAUCGGUGGCUUUUCGCAGGGUGGUGUCAUGUCCAUCUUUUCCGGCCUCACGGCCAAGGUCAAGCUCGCUGCUAUUGUGGCAAUGUCUGCAUACGUGCCCCUGUCGCUCAAGUUCAAGGAGCUUGUCGGUAGCUGUGAAGCGAACAAGGCGACUCCAAUCUGGAUGGGGCACGGCACGGCCGAUCCUGUGGUGCCGACUGUUUUGGGGUUGAUGUCCGAGGCUCUGCUCAAGGAGGAGGGCUAUCAGGUCACGAUGAAGUUAUACCAAGGCAUGGGUCAUUCCGCUUGUCCCGAGGAGCUGGACGAGGUUGAGGCGUUUCUGCGGAAAAGCCUUCCCCCGUUGGGAGACAAAGGCUCGGGGGGUAAAGAGGAAUUAUGA